AUGUCGUCCCAAGAUCCCCGCCGCGAGGGUGAAGAGGACGCAUAUGUUGGCGCAGAUGAGGCCGAGGAGGUUUUCAACGUUGAUGAGGACCAUCCUAUGGACUCUGAAGGCGAAGACGAGGACCAGCCUAUGACCUACGAGGAGGAGCUCACUUUCCAAAACGACUCCGCAGCACACUUCGACGCUCACAACGAUUCCAUCUUCUGUGUCGCGCAGCACCCAGUCCACAACAACAUCGUUCUCACCGGUGCCGGUGACGAUACUGCCUUCAUUUUCGACUCUACGCCGCCCGAGAAGCCCGUUCUCCCCCGGAGCUACGAAUCAAACCCCCAGCCGCGCGAGCGCGAGUCUCAAGUUACCCUGGCCAAAUUGGAUGGUCACACCGAUACCGUCAACGCGGUAGCUUUCACCGAGCCUGCCGGUGAAUAUGCCGUGACAGCGGGUCUGGAUGGCAAGCUUCGCGUGUGGCGGGAUACCUCGGCCAGGAACCGUGGAGAAGCCUGGGAGUUUGUGGCUGAGGCCCAGGAGGUGGAGGAGAUCAACUGGGUUGCAGUUUGCCCCUACCAGCAGGGCAACGAGGAGAAGCGCAACGUCAUUGCCAUUGGUGCCAACGACGGUAGCGCCUGGGUGUUCCGCAUCGAUGCUACGGAUUCGCAGCCCAUCUCCAUGGUUCAGACUUUCUUCCAGCACACCGCGUCCUGCACUGCAGGUGCUUGGACGGCCGAUGGUAACUUGCUUGCUACCGUGUCCGAGGAUGGAAGUUUCUACGUUUACGACGUGUUCGGAGCUGCUGCCGCUGCUGGUAUCUCCGGGUCCCCUGGUACCAACGUCGUUGUCGGCUUGACCGCCGAGGACCAGCGUUUCGCCGUGGAGGGAGGCCUGUACUCGAUCGCCAUUUCGCCUGGCGGCGGUAUUGCGGCCGUUGGUGGUGCUGAGGGUCACAUCAAGGUCGUUGGUCUUCCCCGACUUUCUGGUGGCCCUCAGGCUGCCAAAGGUAAGGGUGCUCAGUCGGCCACUACUUCUGCUGCCGGUACUAUCCUUGCCGAUCUCCAGGCUCAAUCGGAUGGCAUUGAGACUCUUUCCUUCUCUCAACCCCCGCUUACUCUUCUCGCUGCCGGCUCUGUCGAUGGCUCUAUUGCGCUGUAUGAUGCCGCUCAUCGCUUCGCUGUUCGCCGUCACAUCCGGGAAGCCCACGAAGGCGCUGCCGUUGUCAAGGUCGAGUUUUUGUCGAGCCGGGCACCGACUUCGGCUCCCCGACCCGGUGCCGCCGCGUCUGCUACUGCAGCACGCUCCUAUCUGCUUACCUCCGUCGGACUCGAUGGUGUUGUCCGGCGGUGGGAUGCCCGCGGCGGUACUACCGCUGCUGCCCAGGGUCUGUUGAAGGAGUGGAGGGGACACAUGGGUGCUUCCGAGAACGAAGAGGGUGAGCAGGCCGGUGGUAUCAUGGGUUUUGUCCAAGGACUGGAUGGCAAGCGCAUUGUCACUGCUGGUGAUGAUGGCAUUUCCUUGGUCUUUGAGGAGGAGUAG